AUGCACUUGAGUUCUACUACACCAUUUACAUUCACGAGAAUGAAUGUAUUCAAGAAGCCAAUAAUCCGUGCCAAUAACAACAGUACCUCAUCAAAUAGCAAUAAACUGGCUACAUCCAAAACGCAGCGAGAUGGUAAAUUGCCUACUUUACUCACAAUAGCAUCACAAGAACAACGUGACAAAUUUGAUGAAUUGAAUGAAGUUGAGUCAAAUAGAAUCGUUGAUGGUUUGAACAACCCCACUGAAUCUAUAUGGUCACUUACUGCAGCAAUAUCGAAAAGAAACAAAGAUCGAAACAGGUAUAGCAAUGUUAUGCCAUGGAAUGAAACUAGAGUCAAACUACCAAUUAAAAAUGAAACCACAUAUUCUGAUUAUAUUAAUGCAUCCCAUAUAAAAUUACAAAUUAAAGGAGACACCUUAAUUAAUCGAUACAUUGCUUGUCAAGGGCCAUUGGAUUCAACAAGAAAUCAUUUCUGGUCAAUGUGUUUUAAUGAGCUGGAGAAGCAAGGCAACGAUGUAGUUAUAAUUGCGAUGGUUACACCAUUAAUGGAGCAAGGAAUGAUUAAAUGUGAUAAAUAUUGGCCAGAAGUAGGUGAAGCUUGGGGAUUCCAACAAGAAAAUCUCGAAGAUGGUAUUGCAAUGGAGGAUUUGACUAUAAAGAACGUUAAUGAAACUUAUGAUGUCGAUGAGGAUUAUUUGUUGACUGAAUUUGAACUCAAAUCAGGAAUCAAAACCAAGAAGGUGUAUCAUUUCUAUUACUAUAAGUGGGCAGAUGCUAAAAUCCCCCCAUCAAUCACUCCCUUAGCUAAUUUAUCUCGACACAUAAAUGAAGUGAAACAAGCUAGUGCUGCAUUACCAGAAAAUCAACCUAUUCCAAUAAUCCAUUGUUCUGCAGGUGUUGGAAGAUCAGGUACUUUUAUGGUCUAUGAUCAUUUGUUUCGAGAUAGGGACAAGUUUCGUACUAUUAUUGAUAGCAAUCCUACAAAAGAUUUGGUUUACAAAGCGGUGUUUCAGUUGAGGACGCAGAGGAUGAUGAUGGUUCAAACUGUGUACCAAUACCAAUUUUUAUAUAACGUGGCAAAGGAGGUUUAUAACGCGGAGAAGUGA